UUCGCCUUUCCUGCAAGGGGUUUUGUCGCCCUGCGAUGGGUGCUGGCGCCGCAGUGGCCGGUGCCAAGGCGGGCACGGCCUGCGCGGUGCUGGGCAGUGGCGCGGUCAAAGGUUGCUGCGGGGCAGCGGGGGGUGACACGCAGCUGAUUGCGGAGGGAUUGCGGGACGUGCAGGUUGGGGCUGGAGAGAUCUUGCACGGCGGCGUCGCCCUGACCGCCACCUCCGCUGCUGUGGUGCUGGCGGCUGCGGCGGGAAGUUUGGCGCGAGCCGCGGAGGGCGGCUUCGAGGGCGCCUACGAGGGCCUCCGAGGCGCGCUGGCAGCGCCGGCCUCGGCGGCGGAGGCCAUGCAGGUCUCGGGGCCCCUAGGGGCUGUGGCAGGCGCCUUCACGGCGGCCAACGGCGCGGAGGGCUACUGGCAGCGGCGCUCGGCGCGGAUAGCGCAGGAGGCGCUGGCGGACCAGGCGGCGGUGCUGCAACAGGUAGCUGAGCUGCGGAUCCAGCCAGUGGGGCCUUUGGCGCCGGGCCCUUCGCUGCCGUUGUGGCGGCUGGCGGAGUUGGCGGCCGCCGUGUACGACGGGCGGCGUGUGCCCGGCUUCCGUUGCGAUUUGUCUGGCGUGCGAGAUCCGGACGAGAAGGUCGAAGCCCAGAUGUCGGUCUUCGUCCGUCGGAACCCCGCGGAUGCCGACUUGGACGCGGUGGGGGUGGAGCGUCGGGAUCUUGCAGUGAUCGCCAUCCGCGGCACGCUGGACGUGCACGAUGCUCGCCGCGACCUGCGGUCCAUUGUGAUGGGGGGCUACCCGGGCGCCUUCGUAUUGACAGCCGCCGAGAUCGUGAGGAUGUAUCAGUGCCAGGGGUGCCAAGUCAUGGUGACCGGUCACUCUUUGGGCGGUUACCUGGCAGAGGUUCUGGCCACCACUCUAGGUCUCGGAGGUGCCGCCUUCUGCGCACCGGGUCCCGGGGCGCACAACGGGCCGAGCGACGGCCGAAAUUUUGCGGUGGUCAACCACGAGGCGGACACCAUCGGCAACCACAACCACCACUUUCACGUGACAACUCCUGUGUACAUAAUGGAUGGCGGAGCGCUACUCUUCCCCUGGACGGCUCACCGGAUGGACAAGAUGGUCCAGUAUAUGCAAAAACGCCAGGACUGGACCAAUCUCAACUUCCGGGAGCGCUGCCUGGCGGAGCCGCCCUCGCAGAUCCCGCAGAUCUGUGCGGGCCUGCGCUCGAAGAGGGACUAGAGCAUUCCAGGUGAAGGGUUCAGCUGAGGAAAAGACAGUUUUUCUCGUUCAGGGAAUCCCUGGCUUGGAAUUUCAAGGUGUUUGUGUU